AUGAAGUCCAUUGUGACGCAGGCGAAGCAAAGCGUCCAUUUCAGUGAUGAUCUGGACCGAUAUUUGGGUAACACUACUGCGAAAUCAGAGGUUGAGUGUGAUGCAGAGGACGUGGAUUAUCACACACCUUUAUUGAAGAUGAAGGAAGGCCUGAGCACUAUAGACCGGGCAUAUGGGGCGCAUACCGUUCGCCGCACUGAUUGUGCUGGGAAGCUCAAAGCCAUGAUUCAGGAGGCGACAGGCAUAAUGGACCUUGGGCACAACUGGAGAGGCGUCAACAUACUUCCGUUCUUGCUUGAACACCGUCUCUGUUUUGCCGGUUGGCAUCGCGGUGUUCGACGCCUAAACAGAGGGCUUCCGUGUGAUUGGACCCCACGCGAAACUGCACGGUGCAUGUUACAGUUCGAUCAUGAGGAUCCGGUGCAGACCUUAAGGGUGGAACACAUGACAGAUGGUACAGUGAAUGUCAAUGAAACUCAAAAGGCAUGA